AUGAGUGAGAAAAGUUGCACGAGUAUGAGUGCCCCUAUUCAAGCAGUUUUGGAGCUUCUAAUGUCAAAAAUCUACGAGUCAAGGUUUCCUCAUUUGGUGGGUGCGUACCCGUUUGAAGAUCCUGGGGAGCCUAAAAACUUCCGCAAGACAAUACAUAGGAUAACCAUCCCUGAGAUUAGGAACCACGAAUGGUUUCUUAAAAACCUUCCGGCAGAUCUCACGGUUGAAAACACCAUGAACAACCAGUUUGAAGAGCCUGGUCAACCCGUGCAAGGCCUUGAUGUGAUUAUGCAGAUGACUGCCGUGGCUACAAUACCCGCAGCCGGGACCAACAGUCUCAACCGGUAUCUUCUUCACAGCCUGGACGUCGAUAACAAGGAGGAGGAUCUAGAGUCUGAUCCCGACAUUGACAUCGACAGCAACGGAGAUAGUCUAUGCAAUUUAGUUGGUACAAUGCUUUGUUUCGGUGGGGGUUCCCGUGCAAGCGGGAGUUCGGAACACCACCGAUGA